GCGCCCUCUAUAUUUUUCGGUACACGUUGGAGUAUCGCACGUCCGGUUUUCUAUUUGCGUAGUGCACAUGUUAAGAAAUUGCCCCAAAUUCUUUCGUAUUUCUCCACUGUGCACGGAAAAUGUCGAUCAGGAAAGCUCGUUUUGCUGCAUAAAUUUGAGAACUCGGUGUGACCGAAACCCCGAAUAGAGGAGUAAAAUCAACGUCAUCUUUUGAAGAAUCGUCGGUUAACACUUACGUCAUCCACAAUGAAGGUUUCAAUAUGCAGGGAGUGCCUGCAAUCCUUCCUCCUUAUCGUGGUGUUCUCAGUCGGUGCCUACAACGCAAACGUCAUCCGCAGGACGGACAAGGACAAGCAAGAAAUCGAACACAACAACUCCAAGAUCGGAGACCCUGCCCCGCUCGAUCGUCGGGAAAGGGUACGGCUGAUGAAGGAAGGACAGCAAAAUCGGGACAAUGGGGGAGUGAUUGAUUUGGCCCCGCCCAAUCACAACGACGGGGUGCGGAUCAUGAGGGGCGGGGAGCUGAACAAAGAGUUUCAACAGGAGGUGUUCCUGGGACCCGACCACGCCGAUUUUGAGAACAUCCCGGAGAAGGAAGGCAAACGGAGACUGAUGGAAAUAUUCUCCAAGGCAGACACCAACAAGGAUGAAUAUUUGGACCUCGGUGAACUGACGGAAUGGAUCGCUAUCCAGACGGAGAAACACUUCGAAGAGGCACUGGAAGCGAGCAAGAAAAUCUUCCCGUUUGUCGAUACGGACUCAGACGGUAAAAUUCACUGGGACGAGUAUCGGAAACAGUUCCUCAAGCAGCGAGGUUACGACGAAAAGACUCUAGAGGAGCUCAAGAAAGGGAAAAGUGCCUUGAAAAAUGAGGAUGAAGAGGAUUACAUGACAUACCGGGAUCGAUGGAGCCGGGCAGAUGAGGACGAUGAUGACAUCUUAAACCAGGAAGAAUUCCUAGCCUUCCUGCAUCCUGAACACUGCAAAUCAAUGCUCAACUUACUCGUGGAGGAACUCCUGCAUGAUUUUGACUCGGACGGCGACAGCAAGCUGACGCUGGGUGAGUUUGUCUCUCUUCCCCAGUUGAGCAGCAAGGAGUUGGAGAAAGCUGGCAAGGAAGAUGAGUGGGUGCGAGAACGCAUCAAGGAGUUCAAGGAGAACAUGGACCUAAAUCGGGAUGGAGUCUGCGACGCCCAGGAACUAGAAGUGUAUGUGAACCCGAGGAAUCGACAGCAUGCUGAGGGAGAGGCCAGUCACCUUAUUGGAGUCGCCGACGAGAACGAAGACAACAAGCUCUCCCCCAGGGAGGUCUUGAGCAACUACUACGUCUUCAUCGGCAGUAAACUCUACAAUUACGGCAGGAACGUCCAUGAUGAAUUCUGAGGAGACUGUUCGAAAAUACAUUACUUUCUUAAAAUUUUGUUUUAGUUACAUUUUUUGGGUGCAAACAAGAAACCUCCAAGCAGUGCUGCAGUUGAGUCUGUCACAAGACAGUC